UGGAGGAAAGGAACCGGCGAGGCGCUACAAAAGGUAGAGAGGAGCACUGAAACGCAUUCAGAGUAAUCUCAUGCGUAAAUGUGACAUUAUUAAAAAAAAAAAAAAGAAGAAAGUUGUGGGUCGGUCAACAGGUUGCUCAAAGUGUAUAGAGAGGGAGAGAGAAAGGGAUGAGAGCGUUGGUGCGCGCUGGGAACCAUCCGGAUCAGCGCUGGAAGACGGAUAUUCCCUGCCUCAGGACACACCCUCCAUGCUCGCUCUCUCUCUCCCUCUCUCUCACAUUGUUUCCCACACUGACUCAGUCGCCGCCGGGCUUCGUAUCGGGUUAACAAAUGACCAACCAGCCGCUUGGAUGAGAAGAGCGCAAAGUGAAAUCAUUCCGCUGGAGAGACGCAACUUCGGCGGCUGCUUUCGCCAACACACUCAUCACGAAACAGGAUUUUAGGGUUUGUUUGUUUUUUUUGCGUGGAUCAGGCUUGAAGAGAGAGAGUGUCAGCUAACUGGCAUGAGAGUUCAAGUCAAGUGAGACGGCAGAUUGGACCUUUAAAGCCUCUUAACGCAGGUGGUGGGAGGAAUACAGCGCGAGGGGAGUGUGUUUAUGGGCCGUGUGUUUGUGUGCAUGUGUCAUUCCCAGUGGAAAUCCACCCUGGACACAGCGGCACGGGGGUGAUCAGGUGUGUGGGUGGGUGGGGGAUAAAUCCAAGCGGAGGCAGAGGUAGUUAUGGUUUCUCUGGACUGGACGCGAUGAAGUGGCUGUGCGGGAGUUUCAGGGUUUAAGACCGGAGAGGAGGAGAGCUGGGCGGACGGACGGACGCAGGGAGGGAGGAGGAGGGGGACAUCAGCACCGCCAAAGCGCACAACACGGUCCCCAAACCCUUGACGCAGGGAUGGAGAGCACAAGAGCGCACAGGGUAACUCGGCUCGACCCCAGAAACGGGAGCGGAAAGAUCACCGGAUCACCAGACAUGAGGAGUGACCGACACCGGGGACACCUCCACCUGCAGCGGACUGUGAUUUUUCUCGUCGCGCUCACAAUACAACCGCAGGCUGUGUGUGCUGUAGGGAUGUUCGAGCUUCAGAUCCGUCACUUCCAGAACCCCCACGGACUUCUGCAGACCGGAGACUGCUGCGACCGCCAGGCCAGCGGAGGACAGCGCUGCUCUGCCAGGGACCCAUGUGACACUUUCUUCCAAGCCUGUCUGAAAGAGUACCAGGCCCGGAUUGUCCCAACUGGAGCCUGCACCUUCGGAUCAGGCAGCACAGGAAUCCUGGGUGGAAACUCCCAGUCGCUCCACCACCGAGGACACGAUGGAGGAGGAGGAGAGGAUGGAACUAAUGGACACAUUGUCAUUCCCUUCAAAUACGCCUGGCCAAAGUCCUUCUCUCUGGUGUUGGAGGCUAUGGACUACGACAACGACACAUCGGAGUCAGGUCAGUUGAUUGAGCGAGUCCUCCUCUCCUCCAUGUUGAACCCCAGUGAACAGUGGCAGUCAUACCGUCAUCACGGACAGUCUCUCAGCCUGGAGUACCGGCUUCGCUUCCGCUGUGAUUCAAACUACUACGGACCUUUCUGCAACAAGUUCUGCAGGGCUCGCGAUGACUUCUUUGGUCACUUCAACUGUGACCCCAGCGGUUCCAAGGUCUGCAUGGAGGGCUGGACGGGACCAGAGUGCAAAGAAGCGGUGUGCAAGCAGGGGUGUCAUCAGGUCCACGGCUCCUGUACUGUACCUGGAGAAUGCAAGUGUCAUUAUGGCUGGAAGGGCCCUCUGUGUGACCAGUGUGUGACGUUCCCCGGCUGUGUGUACGGCAGCUGCACUGAGCCCUGGCAGUGUGUGUGCGAUGUCAACUGGGGAGGACUCCUAUGCGACAAAGAUCUGAACUAUUGUGGCACCCACCAGCCCUGUAAGAACGGCGGGACCUGCACCAACACAGAGCCAAACGAGUACCAGUGUGAGUGCCAGGAAGGUUUCAGAGGACGCAACUGUGACAUUGUGGAACAUGCGUGUUUAUCGUCCCCGUGUAUGAACGGAGCCACCUGUGUAGAAGACCCGACAGGCUUCAGCUGCAACUGUAGCGACGGCUGGACCGGACACACCUGCGCUGAUGCGGUGAGGCAGUGUGAUCGGAGCCCUUGUGGCCAUGGAGCAACGUGUCAGGAGGCUCCUGGAGGUUUCCGGUGCCUCUGCCCGCCUAGAUGGACUGGCAGGACGUGUCAGCUGGACACCAACGAGUGUGAAAUGAGUAUAUGUGUCCACGCCCGCUCUUGUCGCAACCUGAUCGGUGGAUACCUGUGUGACUGCCUUCCUGGAUGGACGGGGUCUAACUGUGACAUUAGGAACAGCAGCUGUCAGGGUUUGUGUUUGAACGGCGGACGUUGCGAGGACCAGAUGUCAGGGUCCACAUGCUUGUGUCCACCUGGUUUCUCGGGGAAAUAUUGCCAAAAUGGCCCGAGCCCUUGUGACAGCGCCCCCUGUCUACAUGGAGGACAGUGUGUGGAGAAGGAUGGAAGGACCGUCACCUGCAACUGUCUCAUGGGAUAUUCAGGAGUCUUCUGUGAGAUAGAGUUGGAUCUGUGCAAUCCCAACCCGUGCCAGCAGGGGAUAUCCUGUCACAGCACAGAGGGAAGAUACAUGUGUGCCUGCCCUGAGGGUUACUAUGGUAAUGAGUGCCUGAGCCUCAAAAAUACCUGCAUUGGUCAACACUGUCCAGGUGCCAUGUCUGACACGACACAUGGGGGGGUCAGCUUCUACAUUUUCCUGGUGGGCGUCUUAGCUCUAGUGACGGUCUGUGGCUGUGCGGCCUGCGCCUUCAUUCUCUCCCACCUCCAUCGAAAGCGGAAAAAGCAGCAGGACGUCCCACAGGAAGAAGGCAUCAACAACCAGAGGGAGUUUGUCAACCUCAUCAGAAACGUGGACCGUCCCGUGCCCCUCCUGCCCCCCGCUGCCCCGCUUGUGCACCCUCCAGCCCCUGCCCCCGUCUCACGUUGCUACGAGGAGAUUGAACUGACCCUGCCGCCCUCACCAGCACCUUCACACCCUUCUCCGGCACUAAAGCCAGCCCACGCCCCCAAGCUGGACAUUUCAAACCGGGAGAGGGAGAAGUUGAACCGCUUCCACUACACAGACAACCAGGAACUGGAGGUCUGACCCUUGAACUUCUGGGCCUCUGAGGAGCUUUUUAUUUUAUUUUAUUUUGCAUUCUUCGCACUCUCUCGCUCACAGGAACCUGUUUCCAGUUUCUUGCACUGUGUCACUGUUGCAGUCAUGAAAAUGGGGUGACCCUAUGACAUUUGUGUGCUCAGAUAGAUAUCAGCAGACACUUGAGGAGCGAAGGCUGCUAAGUAGAGGGGUCAAAAGUCUUACUGUGUUGUCGUCUUUGACUUUAUUUUGACAACUAUGAGAAGGAGCAAGUGCAUGAUGUUUGACUGAAAGACUCAUUGACUCUUGAUUUGAUCUGGAGACUUAAAGACUUGCCUUGGAGUGCCUGUCAAGAGGAAAUAGAGGAUCAGCCUUUGUAGGAGCCUAUCAACCUUUUUUCUGGUCCAUGAUCUGAUUGGUGUUUUUAGACUGAACUCUGAAAGACAGAGAGAUUAAUGAAUGGAUGCUUAUUUAACACUCGGUGUGUUUCUGUGUCUGGUUGUAUGUAAGUGUGAGUGUGCGAAUGUGUGAGAGUGAAAUAGAGAAUGUAUAUUAUGAGUGAAUGUGGGGAACAAGAAAGGACAGAGACUUUUACUUUAAGAAAAGAAAACAAAGUUGAUAUACUUGUCAAAGAAAGUGCAUACUCCUGCUCCAAAGGCUUUUAAGCCUUUUGAAAACUGUUACAAAAAAACUAUACACUGUUGCCUGUAUUGUCUCUGUAAUACUACAGUUUGUCAAAGAUGUAUGAUUUUUGUUAUACCUGCGUGUAAAAUAGCUUUUUUUGUACAUGAAUAUAUUGUACAUAUUGAUGCCCUUUUUGUACUGUGGUUUGGUCUGAAAGUAUCACUGUAUUACUUUGUUCUGUUUGUCCCAUUUCACUUUCCAUUUGGAGCAACCAGCACAUGUGGAUUGUAAUAAAAGUGCAUUUACCAACUCUA